AUGGAGACCAUCCGUGAUUCAGCAUUUGGAAAGCUCGUGCGCAUCUUUACGAGGAACCGAUGGCUACGAUACCCCGAGGAGAUCGAUCCGGCUCUUUGGACGGAAUGCUUGAAGCCGGAGCCCAGGGUCAAAGAUGAAGAAGCAGCGACGUUGGCGGACACCGAGGACGACACGUUCGGUCUCUACGCCGUCAUGUCACAGGCGUCACGAGCGUCGCGCCGUCUGAACUCAAUAGCGUCAACCGCUGGGGUCAGUGGAGGAACACCGCUUCUGGUUGACUGGCGUGGGCCCGAUGAUCCUGAGAACCCCCAGAACUGGAGCACAACCAAAAAGCUCCUCGUAAGUAGCCAGAUCUGGCUGCUGACCUUUGCCAUCUACAUCGGGUCGGCGAUCUAUACCCCAGGAAUCGAAGGCGUCUCGGAACAGUUCGGCGUAAGUAGAGUCGCCGCCACACUCGGCCUGACGCUAUUCGUGUUGGGAUAUGGCCUAGGUCCAAUGAUCUGGUCCCCUCUGUCAGAGCUCCCAACCGUAGGCCGAAACCCUACCUACCUCCUCACGCUCGUCGUUUUCGUCUUCUUCCAGUUCGCCGUCAUCUACGCAAAGAACUUCGGCAUGCUCCUGGCCUUCCGGUUCCUGACCGGCUUUAUCGGCUCGCCCGCCCUGGCCACCGGCGGAGCAUCCAUGGGCGACAUGUGGAACCCGAAAGUGCGCGACUACAUGAUCGCGAUCUGGGGCUGUUUCGCCAUCUCAGCGCCCGUCCUGGGACCUCUGGUCGGCGGCUUCGCUGCUUCCGCGAAAGGAUGGACCUGGACGAUCUGGCAGCUGCUCUGGGUUAGCGGGUUCGCCCUCGUCCUGCUGUUCUUCUUCCUCCCGGAAACCUUCACGCCCAAUAUUCUCUGGCGACGAGCACGCCGCGUGCGGAAGAUCACAGGGAACUCGAACUACAAAUGCGAAGCGGAGAUCGAGCUCAGCCAGGUCCGGCCUAAAGACGUCCUCUUCGAAGCCGCCAUCCGGCCCUUCCAACUCUGCUUCCUGGAACCCAUCGUCCUCUUCCUCAACCUAUACAUCUCGCUCAUCUACGGCAUCCUCUACAUCUGGUUCGAAGCCUUCCCGAUCGUGUUCAGCGAGAUCCACGGCUUCAACGCGGGGCAAACGGGGCUCGCCUUCCUGGGGAUCCUGGUCGGGACAUUCCUCGCGAUAACAGGCUAUUUCAUCUGGAAAGCGAAGUACCAGGUGCGACACUUCGACGCGAACUGGAACAUCGCGCCGGAGCACCAGCUGCCGCCGACGGUCGUGGGGGCGUUCGCGCUCCCGAUCUCGCUGUUCUGGUUCGGGUGGACGGGCAACUUCGCCAGCGUGCAUUGGAUCGUGCCCAUCAUUGCGUCGAUGUUUUUCGCCGUCGGCGGCUGCCUGAUCUUCAACGGCAUCUUUUGUUACCAGGCUCAUGCGUACCCCAGGUAUGCGGCGUCCGUGUUGGCGGGCAAUGAUUUUAUGCGCUCGUCGUUUGGCGCCGGCUUUCCCUUGUUUGCGACGGCGAUGUUUCAUAACCUGGGCGUGGGCUGGGCGUGUACCCUGCUCGGGUGCUUGACUCUCUUGUUCGUGCCAUAUCCGUUUGUUUUGCUGAGAUAUGGUAGGCGGUUGAGGAUGGCGAGUAAAUUUGCUAGGCAUGAUAUUUGA